AUGGAACAGAGGCCAUACAGUGGGAGACUGGAAACAUACACUCAACAAGAUCAACGGCCUCCUCAGGGAAAGGGGGAGGUAACUGAUUGUUGCACUUGUCUGACUAGAUGGAUCGAGAGGGGAUCAUCUGUCGGGAUUUUCUCUUGUUUUCAUGUCCGAGCACAGAAAGUGGAAGUUCAUCUUGUGGACGAUAUGAUCCUUCUCCUGAAUGCUGGAUGCCGUUUUCCAUGGCAUGGCAGGCACUCCACCACUCGUUCAUGGAAGACUUGGAGGAGGACUUCCGGCUCCCGAUUCAUCACCGGCCAACAGAGAAUCUCGACACGGAGAACUUGGAGCAGGCAUCUCUUGAUACCAGGCUGACGUCGUCUAAUGUGGGCUUUAGGCUACUGCAGAAGAUGGGGUGGAAGGGCAAGGGCCUCGGCAAGGACGAACAAGGUACACCUUGCCCCUCCUCACCCUCCCAUGUAGUCAACCAGUCUAUAUAUAUAUAUAUAUAUAUAUAUAUAUAUUAAUGCAACAAUAGGUCGGAUUACUGCUUGCCUGGAUCAUUUAAUAUGGUUGAUGUGAUAAUUUAAAUGGGGAUUAUGCAUGCAUCUUGUGAUCAUAUAGGAGGACGGUUGCCUCUGUGCAGUGCAUUUAGUGUUAGCAUUCCUCCCUUCGGACCGGGCGAAUUCUUCUAUGCCGAUAUCCACAGAAGAACUAGCCACCCACUCAUGAACUCCUUGUUUCCCCACACACCCACUGGGUCAGGCCUGGUGCAUUUUUCCAUGUGAAUUGGGGCCGAUCGGACGACGUUGAAACGCAUGCAGGUGAGGUCAGUCGGUGGGUGUUCUUCGUCCAGCAUGCGGUUGACUUUCUCCAUAGGUAGAGGCUUAGUUUGAGAUAUGAGAGUCUUCUUGCAUGACGCUGCGGAUGACUGCGCAGGGAUAAUCGAACCGAUCAGAGCGGGGAUUAGAGACCCGAAGCUGGGCGUGGGCAAGCAGGAGCAGGACGAUUUCUUCACCUCCGAGGAGAACGUGCAGCGCAGGAAGCUCGAGAUCGAGGUGGAGGAGACGGAGGAGCACGCCAGGAAGCGCGAGGUAGGAGCAAGCCCAUUUAUCUAUGGUUGACCUCUCCAUUUUUAUUUUUCUUUUUUCCUUUUUUUUCAAGUUUUAAUUUAUUUUUCGGAGGGAGAUCGAUCCGAGGAUCUUGAGGGGUGUGGUGCAGUCUUUAUCUUGGCGGCUUCUGGCCGCCUCCUCGUGCCCAUGAUGAACAUCCAGGUGCUGGCCGAGCGCGAGCUGAAGAUCGAGAGCGAGGUGAAGGAGAUCAAGAAGGUUUUCUUCUGCAACCUCUGCAACAAGCAGUACAAGCUGGCCAUCGAGUUCGAAACUCACCUGAGCUCCUACGAUCACAACCACCGCAAGGUCUGAAUUCCUCUCCCUCUGGGUAGGGUUCCGGUUGGGUUUUCUUUUUAGCUCAGAAGACGCGGCGACGGUGGUUUGGUUUCAGCGGUUCAAGGAGAUGAAGGAGAUGCACGGCGCCAGCAGCCGCGAUGACCGGCAGAAGCGGGAGCAGCUCCGCCAAGAGAGGGAGAUGGCCAAGUUUACCCAGAUGUGCUCCUCACUCCACUCUCUCUCUACCCCUGUCUACUCUCGCUCUCUACUCUCACUCUCUCUGAUUCUUUGGUGGGAAUGGUGCAGGGCGGAGCAGAGGCAGCAGCCGCCGGCCGCCCAGGCGUCGAAGGGCGGCGCAACGGCGGUGGCGGAGCCGGAGCAGCGCCAGACGCUGAAAUUCGGGUUCUCCUCCCGGCAGGGAGUCUCAAAGGUUUUCCUUCUCUCCGCAUUCAUUCAGUCUCUCAGAUGGGGAUGCAUCUUCUUCUUCCUUCCUGUUCUCCCUGACUUCAUCUGAAGCGCAUAAUCCCAUUCAUUCCUCGGAUGAAAACCCUAAAACCCGGUUUCAUGGAGGAAGAUGAUGAGCCCAGACCCGCUAUUUAUUGCUAUUUGUUUCUCCACGAAUCUUCGUUGAUUGUGAGAACCCUGCUGCCUGCGUUGAAUCCAUCCCCAGGGCGGCGCAGCGAUCGGCGGCGGCGCAAAGAGGCCCAAGGUCGCCCCCAAGGUCUCCUCCGUCUUCGGCAACGACAGCGACGAGGAGCCUUAG